AGGGAGGGGGGUGACGUGAGGGGGCGGCGCGCGCGGGGCGAUGGGAGCGCGAGAGGGAACCGCCCUCAGGGGAGGGAGGGAGGGAGGAGAGGCGGGAAAGCGGCGUGAGGGGACGGCGGGGAGGAUCGGGGAAGGGUGUGCAGAUGAGCACAGGAUGAAAUCUGCAAUGAGCAAACGUAAGCUGAAGGACACCUGUGGAGCAAGUGCUGAGUGCAUUUCACAGGUGCAAAAGAUUCUACGUGAAAGGUUCUGUCACCGCCCCAGUGCUACUGGAAAACUGUUUGGGAUUGAAUUCCAGUACAGGCAUUUGCUGGAGCUGCUGAAAAGAACCACCUUGCAUGGAGAGAGUAAUUCUGCCCUCAUCGUGGGGCCCAGAGGAUCAGGGAAGAGCACGUUAUUAAAUCACGUCUUAAAACACCUCAGGGAAAUGAAACAAGUCAGAGGGAACCUCUUGGAAGUUCACCUGAAUGGGCUCCUGCAGACCAGUGAUAAAGUGGCCCUGAAGGAGAUCACCAGGCAGCUGCAGCUGGAAAACGUGGUUGGGGAUAAAGUCUUUGGCAGUUUUGCUGAAAACCUUGCGUUCCUCCUGGAGGCUUUGAGGAAAGGAGACCGAACCAGCAGCUGCCCAGUGCUUUUUGUCCUGGAUGAGUUCGACCUGUUUGUCCAUCACAAGAACCAGACCCUGCUCUACAACCUCUUUGACAUCUCCCAGUCAGCACAGACUCCAGUGACCAUCAUUGGGCUCACCUGCAGGCAGGAUAUCCUGGAGCUCCUGGAGAAGAGAGUAAAAUCAAGGUUCUCUCACAGACAGAUAUAUUUGAUGAAUUCCUUUGAUUUUAAACAGUACAUUAAGAUAUUUAAGGAGCAGCUUUCCCUUCCUGCUGAAUUUCCUGACGAGCCUUUUGCACAGAAAUGGAAUGACAAUAUUCAGCAUCUCUCAGAGGAUAAAAUUGUGCAGGACGUGCUGCAGAACCUUUUCCACCACACCAAGGACCUGCGCUCGCUCUAUUUCCUCUUGAUGCUGGCUGUCGGUGCAGUGACCGUGCACCACCCCCUGCUCACGGCUGCAGACCUGCAGGAGGCCAGCAGGCAGCACAGCACCGACUCCAAGGCCAACAUCGUGCAUGGUUUGUCCGUGCUGGAAAUCUGCCUCAUCAUAGCCAUGAAACACCUGAAUGAUGUGUAUGAUGGAGAACCCUUUAACUUCCAGAUGGUUUACAAUGAAUUCCAGAAGUUCAUCCAGAGGAAAGCACAUUCCAUGUACAACUUCGAAAAGCCAGUUGUCAUGAAGGCCUUUGAGCACUUGCUGCAGCUGGAGUUGGUGAAGCCCCUGGAAAGGCCGUCGGCGCGAGCGCAGCGGGAAUAUCUCCUGAUGAGGCUGCUGCUGGACAACACCCAGAUCAUGGAUGCCCUGCAGGUGUAUCCCAACUGCCCCACGGACGUGAAGCAGUGGGCAGCCUCCUCCCUCAGCUGGCUCUGAGCUCCUGGCACAGCACAGCUCCAGCAGGGAAGUGCCAGUGCCAGGAACGUUACCCACAGGAGCGUGUUUGGAUUAAUGAAUCCUUGGAAGAAGCCUCCUGUGCUGAUCCAUCUGGGAUGGAUUUGAAGGAGAUGUUGUCUCCCAGCGGCCAGAACUGUGACUGACUCCAAGGCUCAGGUGCUUUAGCUCAGCUCGGUGCCAACUUCUCCUCAUUGCACACAGUCUCCACUUGGAGAAAUCCAACUCCUUGGAGUUCCUCCCUCUGGAUCCUGGCUCAGGACACGCUGCCCUCCCCGUUCCGGUGUGGCCCUGGCCGUCCUGCAGCACAGCCACACCAGCCCACCCGUACUCCUCCUCCUCAAAUCUCACUUGACCUGGAAAAUUUACUCAAUUAAAUCUGUAAUCACAGCAAAAUUUACCUAAUUAAACCUCUUAAUCCCAACAAGCUUCAGCUGCAACUGGUGGUUUGUGCCACCUUCUGCCGUUUCCACCUGAAGUGUGAUGUGACCGGUGUAUCCCGGCACGAGGACGGUCUGGGAAUGCCAAUGGAGCCAGCUAGGAGCGCUGCCCUGGACUCUGCUGUCAGCUCUGGGGUGAGGAGCCCUUUUUGCAGUCAAAGGGGGUUUGAUUUUCCUCUUUGCUUCACAGAGGUCCUGUCUGCACACCUGCACAUCCCGAGGGGCAGAGCAGGGAAAGAAUCCUGGGAUGGUUAGGGCUGGAAGGGACCGAGAAGAUCUUCAUGAUCCAGGUCCUGUUAAGUGAUGCCACUGCUGCACACUUUAUAUGAGAUUUUCCUGCAGCAGCUCUUCUCCAGGAAGGAAAGUGUGGAUUCAGCCAACCCCAAUCUCCCUGUUUGAGUGGAGCUCAUGGAAUUCCAGCUGGCCUUGUAAAAUGGGAGGGGUUUAUCCACUGCUUCCUGGGGAGCUGGGGGACAGGCAGCUCUCGGGGAAGUGGUUGCUUUGCCCAUCCCUGGAGAAGGAAGAGGCAGCCAAGCCCUGACCUCGGGCUGCAGCAGUGGGAAUAUCAGUGGCAGUGUGUGGAAUUCCCAACACAUGGCUUCUCCUGGCACUGCCCUGGGAACAGUGUCUCACCCUCCUCAGUGCACUGCAAACAGGGAUAAAAACCAAGGGAUAAAAUAUAGGGAAUGCUGGAGUGUGCUGACACCAGAAGAGGUGAGUUUUCCCUCAGAAGUGCUGGAGUUGAGGCAGAUUCUCCCUUUGCUUCUCUCUACAUUUGACCUGUAACACCUUCCCCUUCUCUUUUUUUUUUGCCCCAAAACUCCCAUUUUGGCUCAAGAACAGCCCCACCUGCUGAAAACCAGUUUAAAAGGAGGCAUUUGCAAGUCAGAGUAGUCACAUUUUUUAUUUUCCCGUUGGGGGAACAGGGCAGAGUAUACAUUUGUAUUUGUACAAUAUUUAACAAUCACUUUAUUGAGGGUUGGGGAGGGGGGUUGGUUGGUUUUUUUUAGCACUUGCAGAAACCCAGCAAGUACCUUUUGACAGUAGUACAACAACCUGUGCCCAAAAACACUGACAAAUACAGAGAGGAAAGGUAAAGAAAUCGCUCCCCAAACUCGAGGGGGAACGGAGAGGAGAUGGACUGAAACAAAAUGAAAGGAGGAGGGAGAACAAAAGCAGUUCCUGCUGGUUGAGUAUCUGAGGUAACAGAUGUUCCAUCAAGGAUGCUACUGGAGUCCUGUUGCCCAUGGAUGUGUAUUGCAGCUUCCUGUGUUUUGUACCACCAAUGUCUUACAAGAGGUUCAAAAAGCCGGAGGAGGAGCAGAGGGGGGGCCCUACCGGUGGUGAUCAGUGCUGAGGUGAGCAGGACACGGUUUGUCACACCCAGAGCUGGCCUUGGAGCACUGCACCCGCCUGCCUUGGGUGUUUCCAUGUUUCUGGUGGGGUUUGGGAAUGGCCCAGGAAUGCCAGCGCUGGUUGAACACCCCCCGUGGGCCUGGGCUGAGGGGGAGCGUGAGUGGAGUCCUGCAGGACGGGGACAGGAACUUGUCAGCCUCUCACACGGAAACAACACCUGGGGCUCAGGGACCACUCCAGGGCCAUCCCUGGGCUUGGAGCCAGGGGACAGGCAGGGACAAUGCCACAGUAUUCCCUAGCACCAGGCUCCCUGGAUCCUGCCCUGGCAGCUCAACUCAGUCACUGCUCCAGAAGCGAAAGCAGAAUUCAUGUCCAAACCCCUGUGAGAGCAGCUGGACCAGGACAGCCCAGGGGAGACCAGUUUGACCAGUUAAAAAGCAUUUCCGAGGAGCAGCCUGUUCUCAGGGAUGCUACAUCACGCUGUUAAAUCCCAGGAAAUGGGAGCAGGACAAGAACUGAGCUGGGAUAGCCAAAGGCAGAGUGAGAAGGCAGAGGUACAAGUGCUGUGAGAACCCGAGUUUGAGGGAAACACAAAUGAUGGACAUUUUACACGUGGUCAGGGUUUGCAUCAGAUCUCAGAGAGCACAGAAUUAAACUCCGUUUGCUCCAGUUUUGCUCCUUGGGAGCCCAGAGGUCUCAGGGAGUACACGUGGGUUGGGAUUUGUUCAGAACUCCGUUCCUGUCCCGUGUGUGUGGGAAGUUAAAUUAAAACUGGAUUAAAAAGGGAAGUGUCACAAAUGUCACAAAGUGGAAUUCUCCCCCUUCCCGAAGUCCCCUUGGAGCAGGUCCCUCAGGCACAGACGUGACCAACAGCGACACAGCCCCGGGUGGAACAUCAGCCCUUCCCUCCCUCCCUGUAUCCAUCACAUCCCGCUGUUCCCAGGGCUGAAGUCCCCUCUCAGGGCUGCACAGAUCCACGCUCCAGCCACCCUUCCGUGGGCUCCCAGCUGCACUGUUAAAGCUGUUUUCCAAAGACACGGACUGGACAGACAGGGAGAACACGGACACACACUCAGCACACCGGGGGCCGCGGCCGGCUCUGCGCUCCAAUCCCAACAUUUAUUGUACCUGGAAUUUUGGGUAAAGGAUCCAACAAACGCGGUGAGCCAGCACUGGGAGCAGCACUGCGGCACCCAGCUCCCAGUCACCCUAAUUCCCACGCAAGGUGUGACAUCCUGAACUCCGGCGUUGGAGCUGGGAAAGCCACUUCCACGUUUUUCCUCAUUUUUGGCGAGUCUGUGCUGUGGAUAUUUGUUACCUCGGAAUGGUCGUUGCAUAUCGUGAGCACAACUAAUUAUCCCUGAAAUUUCGCAUCUGGAAGCUGGAGCCAGAGCUCUUUGUGUGACUCCAGGAUAAACCUGUGGAUCACAGGGAGCGUGAGCUGCACUCCUGUGGGAUGGCACAAGCUUUGAGUGGAGGGAAUUGCAAAUAUUCCAAGCAGAGAGUGAGGAACUGGGGGGGGGGAACUGAGCUUCCUGAGGUGAUCCUGGAACAGGGACACAGCCCCCACUGUUUGCUGGGACAGGGAACACGCGGCGACCUCGGCACGAACAUAAAUAGGAAAAAAAAGACUUUU